AUGGAUAUGCCUGUGAAUGUCCCUAUCGAUGACCCAAAUGCUGACACAGAAUGGAACGAUAUUCUUCGGAAACAUGGAAUUAUACCGGAAAAGCCUCCAUCUCCUACUCCAAUUAUAGAAGAAGCAAUCGAGAAGGCCCGUCAGCUUGAACACGAGAACCGGUUAGAAGAUAAGACCUUGGACGAACUCGACGCCCUGGAGGAUGAAGAAGAUGAGGAAUUCCUAGAGCAAUACCGCCCACUUACUGAAUGUGCUGGCAGGAAAAAGCGGUUUCAGGAAUUGUCACGAAUACAACAGACAAGCAUCCACAACCAGGUCUACCCACUUCAAAAACCUGACUACGCCAAAGAUGUGACCGAAGCAUCUUCGAAAUACUUUGUGCUAGUGCACCUUACCUCCUCGCUGGGAAACAACAUAGAAUCCCGGAUACUCACCGAUAUAUGGAGGCAACUAGCCGCCAAGUACGGGGAUAUCAAAUUCUGCGAGAUGCGCGCCGACCUGUGCAUUGAGGGGUACCCGGAAAGAAACACACCUACCAUACUCGUCUACAAGGACGGUGACAUCAAGAAGCAGAUCAUCACACUGCGGGAACUGAAUGGGACACGGACUCGAGCCGAGGAUGUGGAAAAAGUGCUUGUUGAGUUGGGUGCAUUGGACGAACAUGAUAGCCGGUUGAAGAAUGCAUCUAGUACACCGAAGCCGGCAGAGAAAGAUGAGGAUGAUUACGACGACUGGGAUUGA